CUAGUGUGGUACAAAUGAACGUGUAUUGUAGUAGAACCCAGGCCCCUAUCGAAAUGCACCAUGUAUUAUACAUCCUGCAUGACACAUCUGAGAUUUGCAACGUUGCCGGUUUAUCUUUCUUGUCUAUCAGCUAUUUACAGAUAAUCAAACCAAUGCGUGAACAACCACGAGCUUGAAUCGUCACUGAACACAAUAUUGACACGUUUUCUGUGUGCAUCACAAAUUCAAGCUGUGUAAACGGAAUAUUUUGAGUGGGCUUGCCAACCUGGUGACAAGUUUUCGACCUGCCCUCUCCCCCUACCACUACAACAACAACAAAUCACUUUGUCUUUAUACCUAUUUUGCCAAAGUCAAGCUGUCAGGCGUGAGAACAAUGUCAUCAGGGGAUGCAGGAAGCAACAAGCCCAAUGUGGUUUUUGUAUUGGGGGUACCAGGUGCUGGCAAAGGCACGCAAUGUGAUUUAAUAAGAAAGACCUUUGGUUAUGUCCACCUGUCAGCAGGCGAUCUCCUCAGGAAAGAAAUGAAGUCUGUGGAAGGCCAGACAAUGUCAGAUCUUGGAAAAGAGAUUGAUGGUCAUAUCAAGAAGGGUUCGAUAGUUCCAGUCGCAAUCACUGUGCGGUUGCUUUGGGGUGCGAUGCAAGAGCACAUGGAGAAAGAAGCAAAGUACAACUUUUUGAUUGAUGGUUUCCCACGAAAUCAAGACAAUAUGAGCGGUUGGAAUGAAAUCAUGUCGGACAAGGCGAAAGUUAAAAUGGUUCUUUUCUUUGAUUGUCCGCCAGAGAUUGGAGUUGACCGGUGCAUAAAACGUGGUGCGACGAGUGGAAGGUCCGACGACAAUGCAGAAAGUUUAAAGAGAAGGAUUGACACUUAUAAAAAUGAUUCUUUACCCAUCAUUGAAGAAUAUCGAAGGCAGGGGUUGGUGCGAGAAAUACGGGCAGAACAAACAUCCGAGCAGGUAUUCGAAGAAGUGAAGAAAUUAUUCAGCUAAAGGCAAUGGAUUACUCCAGAGUUAUUCUAUUUACUUAUAACAUACCUUAAGGAUACUAAGUUAUUGGGUUAGUGCCGUUGGGUCAUUUACCUGGUAUAUAUGUGGUCACAGGGUCUCCAACUGUGGGUUGGUAUACCGAUACUUAAUGUGUCUGUUCUUGUGCAAAUGGUGAUAACAACAUAUCAAUGUAUGGAGAAGAGUGGAAUUGUGUCAUAAUUCAGAUCUGACAAAGGCUCCCUCUAUGAUGCAAACGGAUAAUGAGCUAGAUGGGAGUUCUUCAAGAGUUCAUUAAACAUGUUAAAUCAUAUCAGUAUCACACAUCAAUGAAAUGAAAUUGCUCCAAUGUUCACUGGAUGAAUUUUGACAUGUUAAGAACUUAAAAAGAAUCUCUUCAGCUCUCCUCCACUGAUUUCUUACUCUCAGACUGAUUUUUUUUACAUGAAAACUGCGAUCACCAUCUUCACAGGGACGCCCGAGUGGGUAACUAUCGUGUAAUAUCAUGUAGUCAGGAUGACAAUAUCAACUGUGUAGAAUGCAUCUCCUAUUUGUUCAUGUAUACAUUCAAAUGCUUUUCUUAACGUCUCAGAUUGGUUUGUAUUAUGUAGUGCUUGGUCAUUUUGAUUGAGAAUGGUUGUGCUCUGUAAAUGUGCAUUCAUUAAGUGCUCUGACCAUUUAAAUUAAAACACCGCUGAAACAAGUGUAGUUGCCCCGAUGGAAUCAUGACAACAUGGCGAUUGUGGUUUUAAAGUGGCCGCUGAUCGGUUGAAUUGCCGUCAUUUGUCAUGUUGUCGUGUCUUUGUCGCAGGUUGUAGUAACUGUACAUGCUCGUUAGCGUGGCACGUUAGGCUAAUGGCCAAUUGGAGCUAACCAGGAUAUCGCCAUCAUAAUCAGGAGGCUAGAGUCAUCAUAAUGUUUCACAUAUCUCUGAAAUGAUUGACGAUUAAAUUCGCACCUGGUGUUGGAAACUUCUGUGUUGAAUCAGCUCCGGGGUAGUUUGGUUAGAAGGGGUGGACGGAGUGUUGGUGAUGGACCUAUGAACAUUGAAUUGUGAAAUAAAUGAAAUAUUGAGUUUAGGGCAGAGAAUUAGUGUCCUUAGUAGAAAGGUGUCCACUAAGGAAGGUUUCACUGUAAUUAUCAUCAAAACAUUAGUGUAGUUUUAUCUUUUAAUAUGUGUAUAGAUAAACCUGUUAGCUGUCAAAUCGUCAAUAAAUACAAGAAGAUAAUUUUCACAGCUGA